ACAUUAUUUAUUAUCACUCACCAUGCAGAAGAAAAUGAACCCAAAUAUCUCUGUUUGCUGUUUAUCUCUGCUUUUACUGCUUCAUGUCAUAGGAGCCAAGCCUGUUUCUGACCUGCAGAGCUUGAAGCAGCUGCUGGAGGAGGAGAUCCUCAGCGCUCCUUACUCCUCCCCGGAGGAGCUGCAGGUGGAGGGGAGAGAUGACUCGGACAAGUCGGUGUUCGGAGCUCCGGAGCUCCCGUGGGACUCCUCCGACCCCCGCAACUCGGCUCUGGCGGCCAAAGAGAACGACCUGGCGCGUCUGUUCAAGGACCUGAUGAGGACCUCCAAGCGGUCCUGGAGCCGCUACAAGAAGGGCGGGAUGCGGAGCUGCUUCGGGGUCCGGCUAGAGAGGAUCGGGUCCUUCAGCGGGCUGGGCUGCUGAGGUGGACGGCCAGGAGACGGAGCAGUCUUUUUCAUAUGUAAACUAUUAAAUGA